UUUAUGUAGAGCUUAAUGCUUAAAUUAUUAUUUUCUUCAUCUUUUUUUAAUUAACUUCUUAACAUUGAAUAGUCGUCUUUUAAAUUGACAACUACUGGCAAGUACAAUUUUUUUUUAGAAAAGAUACACAACUCGAAGAGUGACAUUGUAGACCAACUGACGAAGACAGCACACAAUCACACCCCACAAAUCUGAAGAAACUUCUUCUCUUUGCACUGAAAACUCUCAUCAAUUUUGAAGGAUUUUCACUUUUUCAUCAGUUUUUUGGGUAAAGAAGAGGUGAUCCAAAUGGAUUUUCCAGAGCUAUGGGCAAUAUUUGGACCUGGGGUGUCCGGCGCUGUCUUCGGCGCCGGUUGGUGGUUCUGGGUUGAUGCCGUCGUUUGUAGCUCCGUCAAAGUCUCUUUCCUUCAUUAUCUCCCAGGUAUAUUCGCGUCUUUGGCUGCUUUGAUGUUUAAUUGCGUAAGGAAAGAGGACAUUGACUACUCUCCUUAUGAUGAAGGCGAGUGGAGGUAUGAAUAAUACACUCUAUGUUCUC